AUGAGCCAGAACGGCAAGUGUCACUCACUAGUUACGCAAGAUGAUCCGACUCUUCCCCUCUGCUUCAUCAAUUGGCUUAGGACGACGAUGCUGCGGGAUGACCUUUGGAGACGAUGGGUAGUUUCAGACGAGGUAGUUAACUUGCUCGGUACCAAAGCAGGCAAGAUUAAACAGGCCAUCACGUUUGCAGACACUGUGUUUACAGUUAUCCGUAGUGCUGUGAACAAGAUCAAAUUCAGUGCAUCAGUCGCUGGCGGUAUCACGGCCCCCAUCUAG